CCGCCGCCGCACCAGCCCACCGCAUGUGCCCGGCGCACUGUUCACAAAUCUCUUACAAUAAUAUACGAUUGAUAUGUGCUUGAAUCCGAACUGCUACCGGAUAGUGUUUAAUAAACUUCGGUGUUGUGACAAAGAUUGGUUUUACUUUUAACGUCAGCAUCAGCAAAAGAAAAGACGGAAAAUAACAUCACAUUUUCACAGUGUCAAUCCUUCAAGAUGGCGAUGAAGGAGUGGCUGCAAUGGCUGCCUCCUCCGCGGUCGCUGCUGGCACUCCUGCUGGCAGUGGCGGGGUUCAGCGGCAGGCUGUUCGCCUCGCACUUCACGCACUCGCCCACCCUGCUCGUGGACACCUGCCACACGCUCUGCAGGCUGGUCGGGCUUAUAACAACAGUUCUAGCAUAUAAGUAUGAAAGAGCAGACGAGAGCGCAGGCCGCGAAGGUCGUCUGCGAAAUACGUUUGGCUGGGCACGCAUCGAAGUAGUGGGCCGGCUGUCUGUGCACGUGCUGUUUGCUUCGUUCGCGCUGGCACUCGUUGUCAACGCGCUACAACUGGGCGUACACUCGUCGCACGGCCAACCGCCGCGCUAUCCAAAAGUCAUAGUGGGCAGCGCCGUUAUAGGACUUCUGCUGCACGCUAUCAACUACAUGCUCCUGGCUGGGCGUGAGCUGAGCUACAGCAGGAGGUUGAGUAUGACGGAAGGCGGCGGUGUGAUCCUCAAGAUGGGAGCGGGGGAGCCUGUACUGGCACACGCCCCGACUGAUAUAGCAAGUAGUUUGUUCGUGAUGGGCGCCGGUCUUACACUGGAAUGGGCACCGGAGGCGGCGCGCAUCGCAGACCCGGGGCUGUCGGCCUGCGCUGCUAUCGUCCUUGUUAUCUUCAACUACCCGUUCAUGCGGUCAGCGGGACUGGUGUUACUGCAGACAGUCCCGGAAGGGUUGGGUGCGUGCGAGUUGCGCACCGCCGCGCUACGCUUGCCUGGCGUGCUCGCCAUACACGAGCUACACGUGUGGCAGUUGCACCGGGAUAAACUUGUAGCCACCGCGCAUGUUGUCUACGACGCACACAAGAACUACAUACAGAGCUCUGCUCUACUGUCAGAUCUUUUCAAGCGUUACGGAAUAGGUCUCGUUACUUUGCAACCAGAAUUUGAUCUCGUCGAUAUUAUGGGAACAGAUGAGGAGAAAAAGGCUUGCAUAGACUUAGCAAAUUUGGCAUGUGCCUGUCCAUGCGCCAAGGAAUGCAUAGCUCCACGCUGCUGUGAACCGCCUAGAAAAUCUUCAAUCACACGCAUUUAAAUAAAACUAAGUGUUGGAUAAAGAUGUUUUAAUCAAGUGACUUUAACUAAUGAAAACUUGAUGAAAAGUGUUUAUUUCACCAUUAAAAUGCGCAAUCAUCGUGACAAUCUGACCUAAUCAUCAUAGUGACAAAAUUAGGUCAGUAAAUCUAACUCCAAAAUUAUAACCGAUAUUCGAGAUCACAAAUUAAAACACAGUUAGAACGUCUAUUUAACUGUCCAUUGAUGUUUUUUAAGAAAGAUGGUGAAAGUGGGCUUAAAUAAUAAAUAAGUGCUGUUAAAAGCGGUCAUCGUUAUAAAUAAUGUUUUUAUACGCGCCGUUGGCUAUACAGCCAUCUGCUUACCAUAAGUGUUCAAAACAAACGCACAUUAUUUUUAUCAGUUUUGCCGCCAAAGAGUUGCGGGACUGUUUAAUGAAAAUCAUCUACAUAUUAUACUCAAAGUUUGUGCCUAUGUUGAACAUGAGUGAAAGUGAAUCCGCGAGUAUUCGCUACGCAGCCAUAAUACCUACUGUCACGUCUGUCACUCCUCGCCAAUCAAAACAAUUUGCCUACAUUUCAACGUCAAGUCAAUUUGAUACGUUUUUAGGCUAAGGUAAGUAAUACAAAUAAGGCCUACCUGAUUUCAAAGACUCAUAUCAUGAUAAAUUAUUCGAAGAAAAUGAUAAAUAAAAAGCAAGGCAAUAUUCUUUGGUUUAUAAAUUUUCAGUUAUUAAGAAAACCUAUUCCUAUUUAAUAUCAGAAAUCACUAAUAACAGCUAAUUCUGUAAACUUAGCCUUAGGAGUUUUUAAAACAUAGUGACUUAACAAA